CUAUGCAUCAGAGUCACUCACAACGACUUAUCGUCCUGCAGACGCAGCACAAGGAGGUUCAGUGACUCGCUCAGGGUCCCACACAGCGAGUCAGCGGCUGGAUUUGAACCUGGGACCUGCUGGUUACAAGCCUGUUUCUUUAACCAGCGGACCACGCAGCCUCCUGAGCACGAUGUCCCAUUACUCCUCGUCUCGCAGCUCCUCUCGCUGCUCGGACUGCAAGGUGUAUGUGGGUGACCUGGGGAACGGGGCGGCGAAGGGGGAGCUGGAGAGAGCCUUUGGAUACUAUGGGCCUCUGCGCAGCGUGUGGGUGGCGAGGAACCCCCCCGGCUUUGCCUUCGUGGAGUACGAGGACACGCGGGACGCAGAGGACGCUGUCAAGGGCAUGGACGGGAAGGUGCUGUGCGGCUCUCGGAUCCGCGUGGAGCUCUCCACCGGCAUGUCCCGCAAGACCCAGCACGGGCGGGCCAGCCGGCGCCACUUCGACCCGAACGACCGGUGCUAUCAGUGCGGGGAGCGGGGCCACUAUGCCUACGACUGCUACCGCUACAACAAGAGGGGGGGCCGGCGCAGCAGAUCUACUUCUAGAUCCCAUUCUCGCUCUAGAUCCCGCUCCAGGGGACAUCGCAACAACCGUUCUCGUAGCCGCAGCAACGAUCGGUAUCGCUCUCCCUCUUACUCCAAGCGCAGGAGAAGGUCUGGAUCUCCUGGGCGAUCCAAGUCUCGCAGUCCAGUAAGAAGUCGUUCGAGGACCCGCUCCCCUCGCUCCCGGGCACGCUCUGCGUCUCGCUCCAGGUCCAGGUCGCGCUCCAGGUCCCCCAGCCCCAAACGAUCCAGCCGUUCCAGAUCUCCCAGCCAGAAGAAACGCCCCAGUCCGAUUUAGCAGCUGAAUGAAGAAUCAUCGAAGGCCUGCUGGCAGAAACAUGUUGUUUUUUUUAAAUGUAAUUUUUUUCCGUAGAUCUGUGGUUCCCAGCCCUGGUUCUGGGGAGCCCCGGUCCAGUCUGGUUUUCAUUCCGCCUGAAUGCUCAGUUACUGAGCUAGCCCCUUCGUUGAAGUGCUCGCUAGCCCCUUCGUUGAAGUGCUCGCUAGCCCCUUCGUUGAAGUGCUCGCUAGCCCCUUCGUUGAAGUGCUCGCUAGCCCCUUCGUUGAAGUGCUCGCUAGCCCCUUUGUUGAAGUGAUUGCUACGUCUAAAACGGUCUAAUUAAGCACAUGAUCAGUUCAGUGAAGGGUCUGGUUCAGUCAUUGAGAGCUCGGCGGGAAUGAAAACCAGCAGACACAGGAGAGGGGGCCCCAGGACCGGGGCGGGGAACAAACCCAGACACACACAAUAAAUGUCUAAUUGAUUGUUAUAUGCAUUUUAAUAUCUAUCUAUAUAUAAUCUGUCAGCAAAAUAAGCUUCUCACUUAUAUUUGGAUAAAAACUCACUAAAUGUGAUCAACUAAAAGGACAGGCUGAGUUUGAGCAGGA